UUCCCCUGCGUUCCCAGGGCUAGCCUCCCUGCGGUCAUGUGACGGCCAUAUAGUACUACUCUCGCUCGGCUAAAGGACACAUCAGCAGCGCCGGCUGCUGCCCCUGCACGGCCGCCCGCCUCCUCGGCCGCCCGCCUGCCCCCUCGGGCCGCCCGCCCGCCUGCCUCCCUCCGCCCCGCCCGAGCGAGCCAGCUCGCUCUAGUUCAAGGGCACGGGGCCCGCCUCUGUUUGGCUUGCCCGCAAAGUUGCUCAUUUCAUAGCCUUCAGGCGGGAUUGUUUUUUUUUUUUUUUUUUUUUUUUUUUUAAUUUUUCCCCCCUUUUGGGGUGGUGGUGUGUUUUCCCCCCAUCCAAAUAGGACCUCUUGCGGAUUCGGAAUUGGAUUGGCGAACCCCUCUCUUUUUGGGGUGCAUCCCCCUGCACUAACCCCCAUUUUGAUUCCUCUCCAAUCCCUUCAAAUUCUCACGGUGCGCAAAGUUCAGGUUUUCGUCUGACCUUGGGACCUCUUAGUCUAUGCUGGUGGCCAUCCCGGAAGCACUGUUCUAGGAAUGGUGGAUCACUUGCUCCCGGUGGGGGAGUCCUUCUCAACCACCAAGUUCCCCAUUGGCUACCUGGGGGACAUGCCGGCUGGCGGGCGGGCUUACCACAUGCUGCCCUCUCCGCUGUCAGAGGACGACAGCGACUCCUCCAGCUUCUGCUCUUGUUCCAGCCCCGACUCGCAGGUGCUAGGCUCCAGCUACGGGAGCACCUCAAGCCUUGAGGGCCAGGACAGCAUCUUAGACUACCUGCUGUCCCAGGCGACCCUGGGGGGCAGCCCUGUGGCCUGGUGGGACUGGCGAAGGUGCCAGCCCAUGGUGAAAGAGGAGCAUUUCCGCUUCCCAGACCCAGAAGACAUGGGGCUCUUUCAGCCCACCUUGGAAGAGAUUGAGGAGUUCCUGGAGGAAAAUAUGGAGCUGGAACUCAAGGAAGGAUCUGAAAACGGGACCAAGGACCUUCGGGUUUGCAACCAGCUCUCUUCUGGGCAGCAUAAAGACCACAUCCUGCCUGGGGGAAGCUUGAAAGAAAGCAAAACCCCCCAGUCUGGCAGCUCCGCAGAAGGUGCCCACAGCUCCAAUGGCACAGCGGCCACCGAGGGUGGGAUCCCCGUCAUCCUCCAAAUCCAACCCAUGCAGAUCAAACAGGAGUCCAGCACGGGGCCCAGUUCACCAAGCCAGACCCCAGACAACAUUAAAAUCGCCCAACUCCUCGUCAACAUCCAGGGGCAAACCUUUGCGCUGGUGCCACAGAUUGUCCAGUCCUCCAACUUGAACUUGCCUUCCAAGUUUGUGCGUAUUGCCCCGGUGCCCAUUGCAGCCAAGCCCAUUGGUCCAGGGGGCAUGGUGCCAGGACCCGCAGGGAUCCUGGUAGGCCAGAAGUUUCCAAAGAACCCGGCAGCGGAACUCAUUAAAAUGCACAAAUGUACUUUCCCUGGCUGUACCAAGAUGUAUACCAAGAGCAGCCACCUAAAGGCCCAUCUGCGGAGGCACACGGGCGAGAAGCCUUUUGCGUGCACGUGGCCUGGGUGUGGCUGGAGAUUCUCCCGGUCGGACGAGCUCUCCCGACACCGACGCUCCCACUCGGGCGUGAAGCCGUAUCAGUGUCCGGUGUGCGAGAAGAAGUUUGCCCGGAGUGACCACUUGUCCAAGCAUAUCAAGGUGCAUCGCUUCCCCCGGAGCAACCGCUCGGUGCGCUCCUCCGUGAAUUGACCUGCUCCCCCGCCCGCGCCUCCCACCUCUUGGGCCGAGAACAGCUGACUCCAGCACUUUGUUCACCGUUUUUUAUAGCGAUAAUUUAUUUGUCUCCAUAACAGGGAACGCUGUUAUCUGACACCACCACACAUGAAUGUUUGUGUCCUCCAAAUGGAAUUUGAGAAUGAAGCUUUUCUGCGGUUAUUAUUUUUAUGCCUGCUCUUCUCCCCCCCACCCCCCUCCCCCUUUCAUGUCUUUGCUGCCGCUUCUUCCCUCGGAAAUUACAGUGUUUUAUUUUAAGCUGUUUUCUUCGGCACAAGGAAAAUUUAUGGGCUCCUUGUAGCUAGUUAAUUACAGUUCUGGCAUUCCUGUGGGCUUUGCUCAUAAACAGGGCUAUUCAUUGUGAGUUUUUAUUAAGCUGGGCCUAUUUGUCCAGUUUGGAUAUAGCAAAUUCCUUUUGGAAAACGAAAACAAGUCCUUUGUGUCCCUAUGGUCACUGCCAAGGGCUCUGGUGGGGGAGGGGAAGGAGGGUUUCAGAAACCCCUGUUUCUUUUGAUGGGUCUGUACCUCCUACUUGAUCCGUCCUGAUUCAGGAAGUUUUGUUUUGUUUUGUUUUUUUUAAGUUGAGAUUUCAGCUGUUUCCCCCCAUCUGGAACUGACAGAUAUUUCCAAAGGAUGAAACCCAUAAAAGCCAAGAAUUCAGGAAGGAAUCAGUGAAAGUGGGUUAAAGGUCAUUUCUUUCGAGUCUCAUUGGUGGUCAUGGAUCAUGGGCAGGAAGGGACCUUUCUAGGUCACCCCUAUUCCCAUUAUACAGAUGAGGAAGUAAAAAAACAAAGAUGAAGCAGUUCCUCCAUGGUCACUCUAGGAAUAAAUGUCUAAGACAGGAUUUGAACAGAGUUCCUAUUGCAGUCCAGCACCUGCCCCCGCCCCCAUUUUUGCCUCUAUCCCCGCAGAGACUAUCUGUCCUGUUUUCCAUGGAUUUUGUUUGUGAAGGGGGCCAGUCCCCUAACCUGGUCUGCAGCCCAGUAGAGAAUAUAGUGUGGGAGAUUCCUGGAGAAUGUCUCUGGGAGAAGAUGGCAUGGGUGCUCGUGGGCCCACCUCCAUCCUGAAGAGGUCAGCCCCAUGUUGGGUACAGCAGAACCUGGCUUUUAUGAUGCUCUGUUAUAGUUCCAGCAGCCCCCUGAGCCUCGAUGGGUAAGAAGAAAUGAAUAAAUAAAUAAAACAAAUCAUUGUA